GUCGACCAAUCGUCAGGAGGACAGGCAUCAAAUGCUAACCCUUCGGCAACAAAACCAGCAGAAGCAGGCGGAGCGACAACAUCAACAGUAGGGGGGAAAAAUAGUAAAACCUCUGCGAAUACUGGCCCGGGUCGCGCAGCACUUCUCAGCAUUCGUGACCUGGAAAAGGUUUUCCGAGCCGCGGCGGAGGCGGUGGAGCGCGAGAUGCGCGACCCUGAACACUGGCCCUCGCCAAAGAGCGAGCCGAAGGACCGCCCGUCGGCGGCGCAAAGGGCUAAGAUAGAAGCGGACGAUGACGAGUUCGCCAAGCAACGCAUCGCCGCGAGCUUAGAGUAUCGGGCCCACCUGCGUACGGGCGAAUGGUUUCGGGAGUACCUGCACCUCCGCCGGGACCUGGAUCUGAGCCUUUAUUCCACCACCCCCACCACCAAGCACCUCAGGCUAGUACCCCCGGAAAUGUUCACCGCCCUGAAGACAAGCGGAGAGUCAUCUACAACUCCGAGUUGUGAACAACCACAGGAGAUCUCUUGUAGGGACGUGCCAUCUUCGUGUAAAAAUACAACUCCCGGUCCUCGUGGCGAUAAUGCUCCGGAAUUGAGUCAAAACCCGUCGCCCGAGACAACGGAGGUGUCCGAGCCGAGUGCCGGCGCUGAUACUCCUGCGGAUGAUGAUUUUGGCGCCUCUUCAUCAAAAGUGGCAGUGGAUGCUGUUCGGGAUGAUGAUGAUGAUGUAGUUCAUGUUGAUGAUCAGGCAAAUUUUGCUGCAACCGCUUCCUCGCCCGCAGUUGAGCGCGGGUUUUUGCAAGGAAACAACGAC